AUGAGUGAGAGAGAGGCGCAGAGCCUGAGCAGACGGGUUUUGGUGCUCACUCUCUGCCUGACCACACUGUGGGGACGACUGACGCUGGCCUCUGCCCACCACAGGACCCAUUCAGCGCACGUGGAGCCCGGGACGUGCGAGGUGAUCGCAGCUCACCGGUGCUGCAACAAGAACAAGAUCGAGGAGCGCUCGCAGACGGUGAAAUGCUCCUGCUUCCCGGGGCAGGUGGCGGGGACGACUCGGGCAGCUCCCUCCUGCGUGGAUGCCUCCAUCGUGCUGCAGAAGUGGUGGUGCCAGAUGGAGCCGUGCCUGGCCGGGGAGGAGUGCAAGGUCCUGCCCGACCUCUCGGGAUGGAGCUGCAGUAGUGGCAACAAAGUGAAGACGACCAAGGUACAUCCUGGGGGAGGGUGCUGGGUGCUGGUGUCACUGAUGCCCAUGGGGGUGACACAAAGCCCGGGUGACACGGUAGCCGCCGUCAGCUCCACGGUGAUCGACCAUCCCAGUGCGGGGCUCGGUGCUCUGCAGAGCCGUGGGACAAGGCCUGGGAUGCUCCGUGGCUGCCGGCCACACCGUACCAG